UACGUCAAUUGUACCCUGUACCUACGUCAAUAAAUUCUACAAUAAACAACUACUUUGUGACAAGUACUGUACCCACAUGACCAAAUUGGCUUAUGUAACACAGGUAUCACAUAAAGGCAGCAAUUUUGAAAUUAUGAAAGACAAUUUCCUUCAGAUAAAAUCAACUUGACACUAAAGACAAUAUAUAAACUGUGUCGCAUCCUGAAUUUACACAGAUUCACAUUCAGCCUCAAGACAUUACAUAUUAUAACAAUGCCACUGAAAAUCAGAUUUUUCCUUGCUUUAACAUUGGUGUACUAUGUAGAGUGCUUUUAUAUUGCUGGUGAUGGAAAACUUCCACCUAUAAAUAUUCAGGUUUACGAAGAAGUAGAGGGAUUCGGUCCUGCUCGUGUAACCAGGAACAUAGACUACAUAAGGUCAGCUGGAGUACAACGAGACCAAACUGUGAUUGUAGUCCCUAACCAAGGUACUAGGCAAUCUUACGGGUAUGGUACCUAUGGUAGCAGUUCGAAUCGAGGGCAAACUGUUGUCGUUGUUAAGCCAGAUCAAUACAAUCGUGGAGUUCUCACCGACCCUUAUAUCCAAGUCUAAUGCGAACUUACCUUUAUAUUAUUUGUGAAUAAAUAAAACCGUUUAAAAA